AUGGGAGGGAUGGUGAUGAUGGUGGCAUCCACAGACGAGUCAGAAGUCUUCUACUUCAAGAUGGCAGGAGAUUAUGAUCAGCGAUACACGGCCGAGUUCAAGAGCGAGAGUGAGAGCGGGGGGAUAGAAAUCCAUAAUGCCACGACCACCAAUGACUUUGCGAACCUUCCAACCGACCAUCAUUUCAUGCCAGUGACAAUAUGCAACGAAGAUGACAGCAGAAGAUACCAGCAUCUCCACAUGGCCAAAUUGGCCGAGCAAGCUAGGCGCUACGAAGACAUGGCAACGUUCAUGGAGACGCUCGUCAUCAACUUCAUCCCCGCUGGCGAUCAGCCAUCGAAGAGAGUCUUCUACUUGAAGAUGGAAGGGGAUUACCAGCUAUACAUGGCCGAGUUCGAGAGCGGGAGCAAGAAAAUGGAGAUUGCAGAGAAAGCUAGGGCCUCAUAUCUAGCAGCCGAGAAGAUAUGA